CGCACCUUCAUCAACCAUAAUUUCUUUUCCCGCGACAUGGAGGGAUAAUCCAUUACAUAAGCGAUCUCUUGGCAGACGUCGGAUAACGACGGCGGGGAAACUUUCCGUCGCUCCUCGGCUCUCGCAAGCUUCAAUCGUCUCGCUGAAUCCCACCCUUGCUCUCGCACCCACAUCUCAAUUGCUCCUCCAUCCGCGCCACAGCAUUCACGAACGAGAGAUAUUGGCAGUUUCAAGUCAAAAUGUCUGGAUUGAGAAUAUUGGUGCCCGUGAAGCGGGUCAUUGACUAUGCUGUCAAACCCCGUGUCAACCGCGCUCAAACCGCCGUUGAAACUGCCAGCGUCAAACACUCAAUGAACCCCUUCGACGAACUAUCCAUCGAAGAAGCCGUCCGCCUACGCGAACGCAAACUCCCCGUCGAGGAAAUUGUCGCCUUCACUGCCGGGCCCCCCAAAGCGCAAGACAUCCUACGGACCGCCAUGGCCAUGGGCGCCGACAAAGGCAUCCACGUGCAGCUCGACGAAAAAGACGCUAGUCAACAGCUCGAGCCGCUGGGCGUGGCAAAGUUACUAAAAAAAGUUGUUCAGGAGCAGAAGAGCAAUCUCGUGAUAUUGGGGAAACAGAGUAUCGAUGAUGAUGCGGGGCAGACGGGGCAGAUGCUAGCGGGGCUGUUGGACUGGCCGCAGGCGACGCAGGCGAGUAAGGUGGAUAUUGAGGGCGAUGUGGUGACUGUGACGAGGGAGGUUGAUGGGGGGGUUGAAACGCUUAAGACGAAGUUGCCGAUGGUUAUUACAACGGAUUUGAGGUUGAAUGAGCCACGGUACGCGAGCUUGCCAAAUAUCAUGAAGGCGAAGAAGAAGCCGCUCGAGAAGAAGACAUUGAGGGAUUAUGAGGAGAAGUUUGGGGCGAGGUUGAAGACGAUUAAGGUUACGGAGCCACCGCCACGCAAAGGAGGUGUUAAGGUGGAGGAUGUGGAUGGGAUGAUUAGCAAGUUGAAGGAGUUGGGAGCGUUGUAAGGCAGGCGAUGGAUAACGAUUGGACACGUACUGUAUAUAUUACACUUGGAUGGGAUAGAUUCUGACACAACAACAUUGUAUGGCAAGAAAAUAGAGAGGGUUGCAGUCAU